AUGGAAAAACCGCCGCCUCCGGGUGCUCAUGUACCCGAUUUCGACAAACUGAAAGUCGACACCAACCCCGCCGCUCGUGAUGUGGAUGUUGGCCAAGUACUGGAUGUUGAAUCCAUUCCAAAGGUUGAGAAGAGGGUUCUUUGGAAGCUCGACCUGCUCCUGAUCCCUCUCAUGGCAAUAUGCUACAUGUUACAGUAUAUGGACAAACUAGCCCUCAGCCAAGCAACUCUCUUUGAUCUUCGAGAAGAGAUGGGCCUGAAAGACAACCAAUAUAACUGGGCAUCGGCCAUAUUCUACUUUGGAUAUUUUACUUGGAGCUGGCCCAGCUCUUAUCUCAUUGUUCGACUUCCCCUGGGCAAGUACCUGAGUCUAGCGGUCUUCUUAUGGGGUGGCAUUCUUAUGUGCCAUGCCGCCUGUACUUCAUUCAGUGGGCUUAUGGUGGCCCGGUUUUUCUUGGGGAUAGGAGAGGCAUCCAUCGCUCCUGGAUUUGCUAUCAUCACAGGUAUGUUCUACAAAAGAGAAGAGCAGCCUGCGCGACAAGCAGCCUGGUUCUUUGGCAACUCCAUCGCAAGUGUUGUCGGGGGAAUGGUCGCGUAUGGAAUCGGCGAGAUCCAUGGUAGCGCGCUCAGUGGCUGGCAGCUGUUGUUCCUCAUCCUUGGGUCGAUCACUGCUGGCUAUGGAAUUGUUCUUGGUGCACUCCUCCCCGACUCACCGGUCAAGACGAUUUUCUUCAACAAAGCCGAGAAGGCAAUUGCACUGCGCCGAACCCUCAAGAAUAAGACCGGCGUUAUGGACGCGGGCAAGUUCAAAUGGAGCCAGGUCCUGAUGGCAAUCAAGGACCCUCAGACAUGGUUCCUUGUGUUGUACAUGUUUUGCGUGAACCUCUGCAAUGGUGGUAUUACCAGUUUCUCCUCCAUCAUUAUUCGUGGCUUUGGGUUCCCCAAGCUCAAGGCCCUUUUGAUCCAGAUGCCUAUCGGAGUGGCACAGGUUGUCUUUCUCGUUUUCACCUCUGGUUUCGCUACUCUCGUGCGCUCGACCCGAAUUAUCAUGAUGAUCCUGAACACGACUGUAUCCAUGAUCGGCAUGAUUAUGAUCUGGAGGCUGGGGGAGGGAAACCGAGCGGGCAAGAUGACAGGUCUGUGUCUGGGAGCAGUUUUCGCUGUCAAUAUUCCGCUGUCGCUCAGCCUGAUCAGCUCAAACGUCGCCGGCUUCACGAAGAAAAGCACCGUUAGUGCACUCAUGUUUGUCGCCUACUGUAUAGGGAACAUUGUUGGCCCGCAGUUCUUCAUACCAUCGGAGGAACCUGAGUAUCCGACCGGCAUCAAAGCUGCCAUGUCAGGCUUGGUUUUUGGGGUUUUUUUCUUGAUCUGCCUCUACAUCUUCUACACAGGGGAAAACCAUCGACGAGACCAAGUGUAUGGAUCACCCAGGCAAUUGACCGAGGCGGAAGAAUUACAAGACGAGCUAUCCAACAAGACCGACCAUGAGAUAGAAAGCUUCCGAUAUGUACUUUGA